GGGGCCGGCACCUCCCCAAGUGCCGCACCAUGGGCAGCCAGGGCUCCAAGACGGCGGGCGGCGACGCCGACACCGCCAAAGCCAACGGGCAGGAGAACGGCCACGUGAUCUACAACGGGGACAUGACGCCCAAGGCGGGGGUCGAGGCGCCCCCCCAGAACGGGAACGGCUCGGCGGAACCCCCCAAGGAGGAGAGCGAGGGCGAAGCGGGAGGUGCGGACAGCAUCGAGCCCGCCCCGGCCGCCGCCGAGCCUGCCGAGCCCAAAGGCGAAGGGGCCGACCCCAAGGACGCCCCGAAAAAGAAGAAGAAAUUCUCCUUCAAGAAACCCUUCAAGCUGAGCGGGAUCUCCUUCCGCAAGAACAAGAAGGAAGCCGGGGACUCCUCGGGCUCCUCGCCCACCGAGGAGCAGGGCAGGAGCGAGGAGCCCCCGCCGGGGGGGCUGCAGCCCUCGGCGCCCCCCGAGGAGGGGCAGGAGGGCGGCGAGCCCGAGCAGGGAGGAGAAGCCGCGGGCAGCCAGGAGGAGGAGGAGGAGAAACAGCAGCAGCAGCAGCAGCAGGGAGGGGAGAGCCACGGAGACACCGCCAAAGCCGAGGAGCCCUCGAAAGGCGCGGGGCCAGAGCCCGCAGCGAGCCCGGAGGAGCAGAAGGAAGAGUAGAGACCGCUCGGGCUUCGUCCUCAGCGGGGACCCCGGGGGCUCUCACACCACCCGCGACCCUCCCCGAGCAGCCCGGAUCGCCCUCACCGGGGACUCUCACCGUCCUCAAGCCUCCCCGAGCAGCCCGGAUCGUUCUUACCGGGGACCCUCCCCGAGCAGCCCGGGGGCUCUCACACCACCCUCGACCCUCCGCCCUCACCGGGGGCUCUCUCACUGCCCAGGACCCUCCCCGAGCAGCCCGGAUCCUCCUCCCCGCGGCUCUCGCACCGCCCUCCGUUCUCACCGGGGGCUCUUAAACCCUCCCCGAGCAGCCCGGAUCGUCCUCGACCCUCCCUGAGCAGCCCGGAUCGUCCUCUCCGGGGGCUCUCGCACCACCCAGGACCCUCCCCGAGCAGCCCGGAUCAUUGAUCGCCCUCACCAGGGGCUCUCACCGUCCUCGACCCUCCCUGAGCAGCCCGGACCGGCAUCACCGGGGACUCUCACACCGGCCCUGAUCCCCCCGAGCAGCCCCGGAUCGCCCUCACCGGCGGCUUUAGCACCGCCCUCCGUCCUCACCGGGGACUCUCACACCACCCUCGACCCUCCCCGAGCAGCCCGAGGGCUCUCACACUGCCCAGGACCCUCUCCGAGCAGCCCGGAUCUUUGAUCGCCCUCAGAGGGGGCUCUCAGACCAUCCCCGAGCAGCCCGGACCGUUCUCAACGGGGACCCAGCCCCGAUCCCCGGAUCGUCACCACCGGGGACCCAGUCCCGAUCCCCGGAUCGUCACCACCGGGGACUCUCACACCUGCCCCGAUCCCGGAUCGCCCUCACCGGGGUCUCUGUCACCUUUCCCGAUCCCGGAUCCCCUCACCGGGGUCUCUGUCACCUUUCCCGAUCCCGGAUCCCCUCACCGGGGUCUCUGUCACCUUUCCCGAUCCCGGAUCGCCCUCACCGGGGUCUCUCACACCUUCCCGGAUCCCGGAUCGCCCUCACCGGGGUCUCUGUCACCUUUCCCGAUCCCGGAUCCCCUCACCGGGGUCUCUCUCACAGCAGCCCCGAUCCCGGAUCCCCU